UUCCUUUAUUUUAGUUGCAAGAAGCACAAGAUCGAUAUAUGGAGGCCGCGAAAUGUAUUGAGAAGAUGCAGCAUCAAGUGCAAAAGCUUGAAAAGGAAAAUGCCGAGUUAAAAGAUACAAACAAAAUGCAAGCGGGCACAAUUGAAGAGCUUCAGAGAAACCCGCCGGGUCCAAGUUCGUUGCAAGAAGCACAAGAUCGAUAUAUGGAGGCCGCGAAAUGUAUUGAGAAGAUGCAGCAUCAAGUGCAAAAGCUUGAAAAGGAAAAUGCCGAGUUAAAAGAUACAAACAAAAUGCAAGCGGGCACAAUUGAAGAGCUUCAGAGAAACCCGCCGGGUCCAAGUUCGUUGCAAGAAGCACAAGAUCGAUAUAUGGAGGCCGCGAAAUGUAUUGAGAAGAUGCAGCAUCAAGUGCAAAAGCUUGAAAAGGAAAAUGCCGAGUUAAAAGAUACAAACAAAAUGCAAGCGGGCACAAUUGAAGAGCUUCAGAGAAACCCGCCGGGUCCAAGUUCGUUGCAAGAAGCACAAGAUCGAUAUAUGGAGGCCGCGAAAUGUAUUGAGAAGAUGCAGCAUCAAGUGCAAAAGCUUGAAAAGGAAAAUGCCGAGUUAAAAGAUACAAACAAAAUGCAAGCGGGCACAAUUGAAGAGCUUCAGAGAAACCCGCCGGGUCCAAGUUCGUUGCAAGAAGCACAAGAUCGAUAUAUGGAGGCCGCGAAAUGUAUUGAGAAGAUGCAGCAUCAAGUGCAAAAGCUUGAAAAGGAAAAUGCCGAGUUAAAAGAUACAAACAAAAUGCAAGCGGGCACAAUUGAAGAGCUUCAGAGAAACCCGCCGGGUCCAAGUUCGUUGCAAGAAGCACAAGAUCGAUAUAUGGAGGCCGCGAAAUGUAUUGAGAAGAUGCAGCAUCAAGUGCAAAAGCUUGAAAAGGAAAAUGCCGAGUUAAAAGAUACAAACAAAAUGCAAGCGGGCACAAUUGAAGAGCUUCAGAGAAACCCGCCGGGUCCAAGUUCGUUGCAAGAAGCACAAGAUCGAUAUAUGGAGGCCGCGAAAUGUAUUGAGAAGAUGCAGCAUCAAGUGCAAAAGCUUGAAAAGGAAAAUGCCGAGUUAAAAGAUACAAACAAAAUGCAAGCGGGCACAAUUGAAGAGCUUCAGAGAAACCCGCCGGGUCCAAGUUCGUUGCAAGAAGCACAAGAUCGAUAUAUGGAGGCCGCGAAAUGUAUUGAGAAGAUGCAGCAUCAAGUGCAAAAGCUUGAAAAGGAAAAUGCCGAGUUAAAAGAUACAAACAAAAUGCAAGCGGGCACAAUUGAAGAGCUUCAGAGAAACCCGCCGGGUCCAAGUUCGUUGCAAGAAGCACAAGAUCGAUAUAUGGAGGCCGCGAAAUGUAUUGAGAAGAUGCAGCAUCAAGUGCAAAAGCUUGAAAAGGAAAAUGCCGAGUUAAAAGAUACAAACAAAAUGCAAGCGGGCACAAUUGAAGAGCUUCAGAGAAACCCGCCGGGUCCAAGUUCGUUGCAAGAAGCACAAGAUCGAUAUAUGGAGGCCGCGAAAUGUAUUGAGAAGAUGCAGCAUCAAGUGCAAAAGCUUGAAAAGGAAAAUGCCGAGUUAAAAGAUACAAACAAAAUGCAAGCGGGCACAAUUGAAGAGCUUCAGAGAAACCCGCCGGGUCCAAGUUCGUUGCAAGAAGCACAAGAUCGAUAUAUGGAGGCCGCGAAAUGUAUUGAGAAGAUGCAGCAUCAAGUGCAAAAGCUUGAAAAGGAAAAUGCCGAGUUAAAAGAUACAAACAAAAUGCAAGCGGGCACAAUUGAAGAGCUUCAGAGAAACCCGCCGGGUCCAAGUUCGUUGCAAGAAGCACAAGAUCGAUAUAUGGAGGCCGCGAAAUGUAUUGAGAAGAGCAGCAUCAAGUGCAAAAAGUAA